UGUGGGGUUGGAAGUGAAUGGCCCUGAACGGAUCUCGACUCCGGUGCUUGGCCGCGUCCCCUCCCGCUGUGGCUUGCGGUGGUUCGUUCCGGGCACUUCCCUGUUUGGGGCAGUUCGGCCCGCAGAAGUCGGUUCGGGAGCUGUCAGCGCGGGCGGGAGCGCGGCGGGCCGCUGGGGUGGGCGCGUCCGACCGCGACCCCGACCCGGCCCGCGAUCCCGGACCUCCUGCACACGCCGCAAGCAGCCAGCUAGGCCGCCUGGCCGCGUACGACGCGUACCGCGCGCCCCCUCGUUUUUUCUUGGCUGCUUGGCUAGCUGGCGGCUGGGCGGGCUGGGCGUACGGGGGCCGGAGACCCCGCCGGUGGGCGGCCGCGGCUUGUGAACAGGUGGGCGGACAGGGCCUGGCUUCGGUCUCCUCGCCAUGUCCUCGUCCCGGGACGCCAGCGACCACUUCCCCCUCCAUCUCCUGGUCUGGAACAACGAUUACCGGCAGCUGGAGAAGGAGCUGCGGGGCCAGAAUGUGGAGGCUCUGGACCCACGAGGUCGAACCUUGCUGCAUCUUGCCGUUUCUUUGGGACAUCUGGAAUCUGCUCGCGUCCUGCUUCGCCAUAAAGCAGAUGUGACAAAAGAAAACGGCCAGGGAUGGACAGUUUUACACGAGGCUGUGAGCACGGGCGACCCCGAGAUGGUGUACACGGUUCUUCAGCAUCGAGACUACCACAACACGUCCAUGGCCCUCGAGGGAGUUCCUGAGCUGUUGCACAAGAUUCUCGAGGCCCCGGACUUCUAUGUGCAGAUGAAAUGGGAGUUCACCAGCUGGGUGCCCCUGGUCUCCAGGAUAUGCCCUAAUGAUGUGUGUCGGAUUUGGAAAAGUGGUGCCAAACUGCGUGUCGAUAUCACAUUGCUGGGAUUUGAAAACAUGAGCUGGAUCCGAGGGAGGCGAAGUUUUAUAUUUAAGGGAGAAGACAACUGGGCAGAGCUCAUGGAAGUCAACCAUGAUGAUAAAGUGGUCACCACUGAACACUUCGACCUUUCCCAAGAAAUGGAGCGCCUCACUCUAGACCUGAUGAAGCCAAAAAGCAGGGAAGUUGAGAGGCGGCUCACGAGCCCGGUCAUUAACACCAGCCUCGAUACUAAAAAUAUCGCUUUUGAAAGAACUAAAUCCGGAUUCUGGGGCUGGAGGACAGAUAAAGCAGAAGUUGUUAAUGGUUACGAAGCAAAGGUUUAUACAGUGAACAAUGUGAGUGUGAUAACCAAAAUACGCACAGAACACCUGACGGAGGAGGAGAAAAAGCGAUACAAAGCGGACAGGAAUCCUCUGGAAUCUUUGUUGGGAACAGUGGAACACCAGUUUGGUGCACAAGGGCAGGACCUCACCACGGAAUGUGCGACCGCCAACAACCCGACAGCCAUCACGCCUGACGAGUACUUCGACGAGGAGUUUGACUUGAAGGACAGGGACAUUGGAAGGCCGAAGGAGCUGACAAUUAGAACACAAAAGUUUAAAGCGAUGCUGUGGAUGUGUGAAGAGUUCCCCCUGUCUCUCGUGCAGCAGGUCAUUCCCAUCAUUGACCUGAUGGCCCGGACCAGCGCUCACUUCGCCAGGCUGAGAGACUUCAUCAAGCUGGAAUUCCCCCCGGGAUUUCCUGUCAAGAUAGAAAUUCCCUUGUUCCAUGUCCUAAACGCACGGAUUACAUUUGGCAACGUGAAUGGCUGCAGCACGGCCGAAGAAUCUCCAUCUCAGAACGUGGAAGGGACCCAGGCUGAGUCCGGUGCCCGAGUCACCAACUUCGAGGUUGACCAAUCUGUGUUUGAAAUUCCUGAAUCCUACCGUGUCCAAGACAAUGGCAGAAACAUACAUCUGCAAGAUGAGGACUAUGAGAUAAUGCAGUUCGCCAUCCAGCAGAGCCUGCUGGAGUCCAGCCGGAGCCAGGAGUUUUCAGGACCAGCAUCAAACGGAGGGAUCAGCCCGACACACGCCUACGAUGCCCAGUACGAGAGGGCCAUCCAGGAGAGCCUUCUCACCAGCACGGAGGGCCUGUGUCCCGAGACCCUGAACGAUAGCAGCCGCUUUGACAGCGACCUCCAGCUGGCCAUGGAGCUGUCUGCCAAAGAGCUGGCGGAGCGGGAACUGCGGCUGCAGGAGGAGGAGGCCGAGCUCCAGCAAGUCUUGCAGCUGUCACUCACCGACAAGUAAAUCUUCCUGCCCACGGGCUGCACGAAGCAGAGGCUCUGGGAUGCAGGCGGGUGCUCCAUCCCUGUCUGCAGCAGACAGCAGCUGCUCCUUCUUUCUGCAGAGGUGCAGGGCCAGGGACUUCCCCGGCCCAUCCUGGACCAUCUCCAGAGUGGAGGAGGGGCCAGGGAUCGGCAGGCCCCAUCUCCAGGUUAGGGGAGGACAUCACCACUUCCAUUAGCUGCACUGGCUUGCAGGUCACAUUCUUAACUACCAGCUUUAGACAA